GGUCUUCUUCCAUUCCCUCGCCUUUGAGAACCGGUUCAACAACCCUAAGACUCUUCCCACCAACCCCACCUCACCUCCCUAACUUAACAUGUCCACUGCAUCCAAAGGUACUUGCCUCAUAACCGGAUCCGCACAAGGAAUAGGAAAAGCCAUCGCCUUACGUCUAGCCAAGGAUGGAUUUGACGUCGCUCUCAACGACAUCGUAUCGAAAGAAGCUCUACUGAAAAAAUUGGAGAAUGAAAUCCUUGAGUUAGGUACUGGAAGGAAGGCACUUAUUGCUAUGGGCGACGUGUCGAAUGAAUUGGAGGUUCAAGGGAUGGUCGAUAACGUUGUUCGAGUUCUCGGAGGAUUGGACGUCAUGGUAGCUAACGCUGGAAUAUGUCCUGCUUGUCAUAUGACGGAAAUGACCGGCGAAGAAUGGGACAAAGUCUUCUCCAUAAACUCUCGUGGAACUUUCCUCUGCUACAAAUACGCCGCCAUCCAAAUGAUCAAACAAGGUCGUGGCGGAAGAAUCAUAGGUGCAUCCUCUGCCGCAGGUAAACAGGGAAGGAAAUAUUGUAUGGCUUAUAGUGCCACCAAAUUUGCGAUCAGAGGGAUGACUCAGAGCGCUGCUUGGGAACUUGGAAAGCAUGGAAUCACAGUGAACGCUUAUGCACCUGGCGCAAUCGAAACCGAACUGGGUCGUAACCUAGUCGUGGAAGCACAAACCCUCGAUCCUGAGAUAUCCAAGGCAUCCUGGACCAACAACCCCUCCGGUCGUUGGGGCGAACCAGAGGAAGUAGCCGCACUUGUUUCUUUCUUGGCUUCGAAAGAUUCGAACUUCGUAACAGGCCAAACGAUGAGCGUGAACGGUGGAAGGUACUUCGAUUGAAAGUAAUUCAACAAACGACCUUUGUAUUCCUUGUAAAUGUAGAAUUCAUCUCUCGUCUACGUUGAAUUUUGAACACAAACCGCAAGCUCG